AAAUAUACUAACAUCUUCAAGAGUGUGGAUCUUCUUUUAUUCGAAAUUAUUCUCCAAGGCCUCACUAUGAUGGAAUCAUUCUUCUUUUACAGCGGGUUUAUGGUAAUGUAUCUGAGACAAAAAACUGGACGAAACUCUGCGAAAUACUAUAUCAUGUUUUUAGUCAAGCGAGUUAUCAGAUACACACUUCCGAUAUUCUUCGCUUUGGGCUUCGUAAUUCUUCUGCCUCUUCUUGGAGAAGGUCCUCAUUGGGAUAUUAUUAUUAGUCAGGCAAAAUACACAGAAAGAGAAUGGUGGAAAUAUAUCACUCAUGUUCAUAUUUACUCAAUCGGUGGAUCGACGGAGUUUUUCGACGUAAUAUGGUUCAUCAGUGGGUUGUUGCAACUUUCCAUCUUAAUGUCACUGUUGUUAUAUAUUGUUGACAGGAGAGAUCCGUAUGGGAUGAUGUCUAUUGGUCCGUAACGAAAAGACAUAUAUGGCCGUGAUACUACACGUGGCCUAGAUUCAUGAAAUACAUCUGUACAUACUUACAUAAUGUAUUUGUUUACUAUUUGCAAACAUGACAAACCGGAAAAAAGAAACAAAUAACAGUUUUAGAAAUGUAAGGCAACGUCUAGGAACACUUACUUUAAUUUUGAAUAUACUACAGCGAUUAUUGUCAUAUUUUAAGUUUUUCACAUAUAGUACUCAUGUCAGUCAUACAUCGCAGAUAAAUUACGCUCGGC